AUGCCCGGUACAUGUGCACACUGUCAGGGGCCUGCGACCCGCCAAUGCAAGGGUUGUGUCGCGUCUACUGCCUGGUACUGCACAGCGGAUUGUCAAAAGAUCCACUGGCCCGAACAUCGCUUCGAAUGCGCGCCGACCCGCGAAUUGACGACGGCUGAUGAACUAGCGCGAGCCGUCUACCGGCGACGCGCUCCCGACGACGACGAUACGCUUCAGCAGUAUGGCUUCGCCUAUCUCUGGACGCACCAGGGAGACACCCUCUUCCAGGUGUAUAUCAGCGUGCUCAGCGAUACUGGAGUCCCAGCGAAGAGGCUUCAUCAGUGGCGGGUGUCAGGGCGACUGUUCGAUGAACUGAAGACGGAACUCGGGCGCCAUCCUGGUGAACCUCACCAGUAUUUAUACACGUGGCUACUGCAAAACCCCUGGAUCUUCGACAACGAAGCGGUCAUGCGUCCAGAUUUCCUUAUUUUCCGUCCGCACAAAACACCCAUAAUCGAGUACGUUGGGCUUCCCAAAUGGUACACCGACGAGCAUCUCAAAAAUGCCAACAUGUCCAAGCUUUGGCAGCAGUGCUUCAGCUUGCACGUACAGGUGCUUGCUGAUCUCGACCAUCGCGCCCGCAUCUUCGGACACCAUGACGAAUGGGUUGUAUUCGGCUUUGCCGCAUGCAUUACCGAAGACGUCGAGGCUGAACUACUGGCUGUCUAUGACAUGCUCAUGUGGGACUGUACUUUUGAGGAGUACUACACGGCAUACAGGUCCGCAUCGCUAUUAGCACUCUUCGACGCCAAGGGUCUCGGGGAUAGUAUUCGGGAGUUCGAUUGCCUAGAGGAUCUCCUCAGCACAUCCCCCUCCGCGAUUCGUCUCGUCUACUUCCUCAAACAAUCCGUUCUUUGGGAUAAUGUACCACUUCGUCCAGACGUAGCCAAGUACUUCGGCUUCGUCAACUGCCGGACUACGGAGGAGAGGGCUCAGCUCAAGAGUCUAUACAAGCGAUUGUUCGUCGAGGUGCUGGUGGACCCGGUGCACUUACACCUGGCUGCUGCACGCGGGAAGCUGUACGACGUGGCCUGCCUAUUGGUCGCUAUGAGUGACACCGAAGGCACGCUCUUCCAUAGACUGCUGAAGGAAGAGUGCCCUAGUUCGGUCGCCGAGCAUUUGCUGUUCGCCCGCUACACGGAGGGCGUGGACAUGACUGCAUCGGGUAACUUAUCUUGA